CCGAGAGGGGCGCGGGGCCUUGGCUCAGCAGGCUGGGCCUGACCCGAGGCCUCGGGACUCGGUUGUUGCGUGCUGCCCGAGUGUCGGCGUGAUCCAUGGGCAGCAGCCAGGGCCGCGAUGACGGACUACAGCGAAGAGCAGCGAAACGAGCUGGAGGCUCUGGAGUCCAUCUACCCUGACUCCUUCACAGUAUUAUCAGAAAAUCCACCCAGCUUCACCAUUACUGUGACGUCUGAAGCUGGAGAAAAUGAUGAAACUGUCCAGACUACCCUCAAGUUUACAUACAGUGAAAAAUACCCAGAUGAAGCUCCUCUUUAUGAAAUAUUCUCCCAGGAAAAUCUAGAAGAUAAUGACAUCACAGACAUUUUAAAAUUAUUAGCAUUGCAGGCUGAAGAAAAUCUUGGUGUGGUCAUGAUCUUUACUCUAGUGACGGCAGUGCAAGAAAAAUUAAAUGAAAUAGUAGACCAGAUAAAAACGAGAAGAGAGGAAGAAAAAAAACUAAAAGAAAAAGAAGCAGAAGAAGCAGAGAAGCAAUUAUUCCAUGGCACCCCUGUUACAAUUGAGAAUUUCUUAUGUUGGAAAGCCAAGUUUGAUGCAGAACUCUUGGAAAUUAAAAAGAAACGGAUGAAAGAAGAAGAACAAGCAGGAAAAAGUAAACUGAGUGGCAAACAGCUGUUUGAAACAGAUCAUAAUCUGGACACCUCUGACAUCCAGUUCCUAGAGGAUGCUGGAAACAAUGUGGAGGUAGAUGAGUCCUUGUUCCAAGAAAUGGAUGACUUAGAACUGGAGGACGUUGAAGAUGACCCGGACUACAAUCCUGCGGAUGGGGGCAGUGACUCCACAGAGUGACAGAGUGGCUCUGUCUCCAGAGAGGCCCAAUGGCCACAGCAUCUGUGGCUAUGCCGAGAGGGUUUUGAUUUUCCUUGCUUUUUUUUCUAAGAAAAAAAUGAUUUUCAGGAGAAUAUUCUUCUGAUAACUUUCAUCAUCGAACCUAAUAAACUGACCGUAACAGCA